AUGGUAGUAACUUGCUUGAGUGGACAAGUCGUUAGGUGCCGUGUGGACUAUGGUAAUGGCAUCAUCAAGCCCUUUUUGCGGGGUGCCACCAGUGUUUACUCGCGUGAGGGAGUGUUGCUGGAUCUCAAGCCAACCGAUCACAUCAUGUUUCUUUUUGGUGACGUACAUAUGACAAGUGGGAAACUACCCUUGUAUGCGGCGUCCCAGCUGCAACCUACCGCCGUGGUUCCUGGCAUACAUGUGGGCAGCGUGGUUAGCUUCGUGUUGCAGCAGCGUGUAUUUUCACAGGGAGACCUCCUUGCAGGCGCACGUCAAGGGAUUCAGGCGGCUAAGGUGACGAUGAAUGAUGAUGCAUCGUUGAGCGCUUCUUCACAUUGCCUAAGCAACAGUGAGUGGCUGAGGUGGAGGGAGGAGCAAAGGCGUUUAGAGGGACUGCUGCGGAAGAGUGGCCGGAGAAGUGCCUCCGCUCCCCAUGACACCAGUUUGGACUCGUUCAGCGUCAUGCCCAUCGAUUUCUGA